AUGGCGGAGCAGGACUUCCGAGACCUCGUGCUGAUGGGCGCGCUCACCCAGCUGAUCAUCCCAGCACUACCCGAAGCCAAGCGGAUCCCUGAAACCGACUGGAUCGGCUGGGCGCCGCUGCUGGCCGCGGUCGGCGCCGACGCAGGCUCGGAGCGCGCCGCUGCCGCCGUUGAGCGCGCGCGGCGGGCGCUGUCGCGCCUGCUGGGGAUGGUUCCGCUGCAGCUGCAGCAGCAGAAGGGCCGUGCGGACGAGCGGGGCGAGGGGUUCGACCACAAGGUCACCGAAAUGGAGCAGCAACAGCAGCUUGAAGAAGAGGAGCAGAUCGACCCCGAAAGCCAGGAACAGCAGCAGCAGCAGCAGCAGCAGCAGCGGAAACGGAAGGGAAAGGAGCGGCCGGACAGGGACGGCUCGCCGCCGCCCUUCGCCGCGUCGCAGCUGCCCCUCACGCAGCUUCUGGGGUCUGCGGCCGACGAGGCGGUGCUGCUGGGAGAGCCGCCGCCCGCCGUCAUCCUGGCGAAGGCCCGCAUGCCGCGCAAGGGCCGACUGGUGCGCACACACAACCGGGCCGCGCCGCACCACUUACCAACUGCCACCCACCCUUAA